AUGCAAGUCUUCGUGGUUCUAGUUGCUCUGUUCGCGGUUGUCAGUGCUAAAUGGAUCGACAUCGACUGGUCCAAGGUGCGGCCGAUAGAGGAGUUCGAUCACUACUGGGCUCGCCUGCCGGCGGAGCUGCAGAUCUACCGUCACGCUGUACCGUCGCACCGUAUCGUCGGAGGACAGGAGGCUUCUCCCGGACAGUUUCCGUACCAGGUUGCGCUACUGGGCGAAUUCGAAUUUGGAAUAGCACUGUGCGGAGGAUCCAUUUUAACGAACCUGUACGUUCUUACUGCUGCUCACUGUAUCGUCGAGGGCCCAUUGAAUGAACCGAUCACCGGAGGUAUCGCCAUCAUAGGUGCACAGAAUCACAUUGUGGUGGAGCUGUCCCAGCAGCGCAUCCCAUACGAACCGUCAGGAAUCGUUGCUCAUCCGCUGUACACCUUGACGAACAUUCGCAACGAUAUUGGUGUGGUCCGUCUGAACUCGCCAAUCACCUUCAACAAUCUUGUGCAACCCGUUCGUCUACCGGCUCGAUCGGAUAACCGUCAAUUCGGAGGACUCAUUGGCACUGUUUCGGGCUUCGGACGUACCUCGGACGCUAACCCAGCUAUUUCGGAUGUUUUGAUGUAUACCUCUAACCCGGUAAUGAUUAACGCCGACUGUAUUUCUUACUAUAAUUCCGAUCUGAUUGAGCCUCAAAACGUGUGUCUGAGUAGUGCCGGUGGACGUAAUGUUUGCAACAGUGACUCUGGCGGCCCGCUAACUGUACAGGAUGAUGGAAGCCUGCAGAUCGGUGUGGUAUCCUUUGGAAGUGUCGUGACGCCUGGAGGUGGUUGCGAAGAGAAUGUACCGUCAGUAUACGCUCGUGUGACUUACUAUCUAGAAUGGAUUGAGGCAAAUUCUGACUUUGUAGCCAACCCUUAA